AUGGGUAGUCAAGAUAAAGAGCACAAGUAUAAAUCUAAUGUAGAAUUAGAAUUUUCUGAUAAUGUUUCAGAUGACGAUAUUAAUAUAGAUAAAGAAAAUAUAUGGGACACCGAUAUAAAUAUUAUAGAUGAUGAACUUAAUAUAAUAGAUAAUGAUGAUGUUUUAAAUCAGAACAAUGCAAAUAAUAAGAAUACAGAUCAUCAAAAUGAUAGAACUUUUAAUGUUCAACCUAAACAAACUGAAUGGUUUGAUGAAGAAGAAAUUUUUGAUUUACCAAAUAAUUUAGAAGAUAUUACGCGUAAAAAUAAUUCCAUCGAAAAUAAUGAAAUAAAUAAAUGUGAUUAUCAAAAUGAAUACAAUGAAUAUAAUUUUGUUGGUCAACAAAAUGAAUGUGAUCAACAAAAUGAAAGUGAGCACCAAAAUGAAUUUUAUCAACAAAAUGAAUGUGAUCACCAAAAUGAAUUUUAUCAACAAAAUAUUUCUGAACAACAAGAAUAUAUUAAAAUUCAUGUGGAUAAUAAAAACUUCCAUGAAUUUUCAGACGCAGAUAUUUUAUUUAAUAAUUUACCAACUUAUCAAGCAGUUGAGCAAAAUAAUGAACAUGUGCCCAUGUGUGAUAUAUCCAAACGUUUAGAUAGUCAAGUAAAUGAUCAAUUUAAUGUAAAUAAUGAGGAGCAAAAUAAGCAUCUGAAUAUAUUAUUACAAAUUAAGAACAUAUUAAACAUUAAUGAAGAUAAAGACUUAAUAAAAUAUAUCGAAAAAUUAAAUAAUAUGAAUACCAACUAUAUACAAAAUGUUAGUGAUGAUGAUUAUCAUAGAGAUAAUAAUUUUAAUUUAAAGGAAUGUUUAUUAAAUGAAGAAAAUGAACAAAAAGUUAAUGAAUUAAAAGAACGUGAAUUAUAUUAUUUAGAUACGAUAGAGAAAUUAAAAAAUGAAAUAAAAAUUAAAGAAGAAAACGAAGAAAAUAAUGUACAUAAAUUAGAAAACAAAAUUCACGAAUAUGAAAUACAAAAUGAAGAACUAAAAAGUGAAAAGGAAAAACUUCAAAGUACUAUUAAUGAGUAUACUCAUAAUUUUAAUAAUUUAAAUGAUCACAACAAAAUUACUAAUAAAGAAUGUGAAGAACUUAAAAAUAAUUGUGAUGUAUUUAAACAAAAAUAUGAAAAAUUAAAAGAAGAACAAGAAAUCUAUAUAAAAAAAGAGGAAGAGUACAAAUCAUUAUUAGAUGAAUUGAAAAAUGAAAAUAAUGAAUGGAAAGAAAAAAAUCAAAAACUGCAUGAAGAAAAUAUGAAAACAUCUGAGGAAUUAAAAAAGUUUGAAGAAAUUAGAAAAUCUGAAGAUGUGAAAAAGAUGGAAGUAUUAGAAAAUAAAAUUAAUGAUCUUUUAAAUAUUAAUGAUGAUUAUAAAGUUAAAUUAAAUCAAUCUAAUGAUGUACUUCUUCAAUUUGAAAAAAAAUUAAAUAAUACUUUAAAUGAUAAUAAAAAGAAUGAACAUAUAUAUUCUAACAAAAUACAAACAUUAGAAAACACAAUUAUAUUAUUAGAAGAAGAAAUGAAUUGUAUCAAAAAAGAGAAUCAAGAAAUAAUAAAUAAUUAUAACGAACUAGAAAAUGAUUACAACUUAUUAUUAAAUAAAAACAAACAAUUAAAUGAAGAAUAUGGAAACUUAAAAAUAUGUAAAGAACAAAAUGAACAGAAUAUACAAAACUUAAAAUCAAAUAUUCAAAUCAACGAACAGGAGUAUUACUUAAACAAUAAAAAAUUACAGGAGCAGAAUCUAAAGAUAGAAAAUUUAAUUAUUGAAAACAAUAAGAAUAAUAAAAUGUUAGAAUUGUUAAAAAGUGAAAAAUUAAAAAUGGAAAGUGAAAAUGAUAUAUUAAAAAAAGAUUUAGCUAAUAUGGAAGAAGACUUAAAGAAGUUAGAAAAACAUAGUUAUGAUAUUUAUGAAAUUAAAAAUCAUUUAGAAGAAGUAGUAGAUAAAAAUAAAAAAUUAAUUGAAGAUGUCGAAUUAGAAAAGAAUGAAAAAGAACAUUUGAAAAAUCAAGUCAAAGCAUAUAAUAUUGAAAUGAAUAAUUCAUAUCUUGUUUUAAAGACAUAUAAAAUGAAAUGUUCUUUUUUCUUAAAUAUUAUAAAAAAUUAUGAAGAAAAUAUAAAUAUUUUAGAAAAUAAAUUAAAAAAAUAUGAAUACAAAAAUGAUAAAAUAAAUGAUUUGACAGAUAAUUUAUACUUAUAUACUAUGCAAAAUAAUAAAGAAAGAUAUUAUGAUGAAAAGAAUCAUUCAAAUAAUAGUUACAUUAUAAAAAGUUGUGAUAGUUCUAAGAACAAACCUUUUGAUGAUGAAGAAAAAGAAGAAGAAUAUGAUGAGGAAGAAAAGUAUGCAUACAAUAUUUUAUUAAAUAAUCAAUCAGAAUGUUUAAUAAAAGCGCAACUAUUAUUAAAAGAAGAAUUAGAUAAAGAAAUACAAAAAAAAGACGAGAUUCUAAUUAAGCUACAAAAAUUAAUUUCUACAUUAAAAGAGAAAAAUCUUAUAAUAAAUGAAAAGAAUUAUAAAAUUAAAAAAUAUCAACUUAUCAAUGAAAACUUACAAGACUGUAUUGCAGGUUAUCAAAAAGAUAUACAAAUAUUGAAAGAAAAUAUACAUAAUUUAGAGAAACAAAUACAAUUGAAACAGAUCAAAAAUUUGGUAUUACCUCCAAAAGUACAUGUACAUGUAUCCAAAUUAUCAUCAUUAGAAAAUAAUAUAAAAAAUGAACUCAAAGGUAUAAUAGGAAAUUCGUCCAACUUUUUAGAAAAUACAUUUAAAUAUAUAAAUGAAAAUCCUUUAAAAAAAAACUUACAAAAUAAAACAUUCUUCUCAACAUCGGGAGAGAAAAAAAUUCAAGAUGAUAUCUCUAAACAAGGGGAUCUAAAUAAAGAAGAAGUUUCAAACUGUGAUUCUGUUGUUGAUGUUACAGGAAUGGCCAAAAAUUUUCUAUACAAUAAUAUGAACAUAUUACAGAAUUUUAAAUAUGAUGUGAAGGAUAAUGUGGUAUUAAAAAAUGAUGUAUUAAAUGCAAAUGGACAAGAAUAUGAUGGUGUAAAAGUAAAUGAUCAAUAUGUAACUGUAGAUAAUGAAAGGGAAAAUAAUAUGUAUAAUGAAAAGGAACAUAACCUGUUUGAUGAAAAGGAACAUAACGUGUUUGAUGAAAAGGAAAAUAAAAUAUAUGAUGAAAAGGAAAAUAAUAUUUUUGAAGAAAAGGAAAAAAAUGUAUAUGAUGAAGAACAAAGUUUAUAUGAUAAUAAUGAUCCAUAUAUUUCAAUUAAUGAGGAGAAAGGAUAUAUUCAUUCUGAUAAUGUAUCAUAUGAAGAUAAUAUAAAAAAUGUGAAAAUUGUAUCAAAUGAGCAAAGCAAGAAUAUAAAUAUUUCUCAAAACGAUAAAGUUAGUGAAAAUAAAAAUAUAUAUUUCAAUCUUUUCUUUGGAAAAAAAAGCAAAAAUAAUAAUAAUAAUAGUAAUAAUAAUAGUAACAAUUUGAAUGGUAAAAAUGAAUUAUUGACUUCGCAAAGUAGUACAAAUAGUUUAGUAAAAACCGAUUGUGAUAUUAAAAAUUUAUUCAAUAAAAAUAUGAAGAACGAAAAUAAAAAAGCAAAAGAAGAAACCACUAAUUUCUUUAUGAAAAAUUUUUUUCCUACGAAUGAAAAUGAUACAUCAAAUAAUAAUAAACAAAAUAAUAAAAAGAAUACUGAAUCAGUUUUUCCCACUACUUAUCAAACUUCAUAUCAUUUUGAUAAGCAACAUGAACAUAUGUAUGAUGAAUUAAAAGGUGAUAAAAAUGAGAAAAUAUUGAAAAAUGAAAAUUAUUGUGAUAAUAAUAUGAACACAUAUAAUGAUCUUACAUAUAAUAGUGAAUUAUACAUAUCUGAAGAAGAUACCAAUAAAUAUGAUGCAAAUAUAGAAGCACAAAAUGUUAUGGACAAUUCAAAUAAUGAAGAGCAAAUUAAAAAAAAUAUAACACUUAAAAAUAGUGAACAAUAUCCACAACCUAAUUUAUCUGAUGAAGAUCCACCAAUUAGUGAUGUUUGGAAUGACAAAAUUGAUUUAGAUAAUUUUGAGUUAGAAAAUGUUUAA